AUGGAGGCUCUCGCGGACUCAGCGGACGACACCGCUGCCGCCAACGAACCCGCCGCCACCGACGAACCCGCCGCGGCCGCCGACAAGCCUUCCUCACCGGAAUCCCUCGAUGAGAGGGAGUUCCUCUCACCCGCAGCGCUGGCAGCAGGGUCGCGGAAGCGCAAGGCGGCGGAGAUCAAGAUGGUGCCCUCCGCGGCUGCGCCUGUCGUGGGCGGAAGCGACGCGGAGGUGACGUGCCAGCUGCGCCGAGCGAUUGCUGCUGUCAUCUUCCGGAGAAAACCGUGCCCCGCACACGUUGCUGCCGCCGCUCCCGCGCCUCCCGCCGCGGCUGCGCUGCCAGUGGUUACCACUCAUGCCACCCCUGCUGGCGGCAGGACGUUUGCCCAUCAUGGCCCGCUGCAGAUGCCGUUUUGCCUGCCCAUCGCCAACAGUUGGAUGAACUAUGACAAUUCAGAUGAUGACAUGGUGGGUUUUGGCGAAAGUCCCAUGCGCAGAGGCGCCAAUGGGGCAGCAGAUGACGCGGACGAUUGGAUGCCGCGCAACCGCGGGCGCAAGGACCAGCAGAUGGCGGGCGGGCGUAUCAAGGCGCGGAGCAUGGCGGAGAGGCAGAGGCGGGAGCGGAUCAGCGAGGGGCUGCAGAAGCUGCGCUUGGUGCGCAGGGUAACCGCGCUGGAAACCACUCUGCUGCUGCACCAGGCGUCGUGCAAGCACCCGGAGUGGCAGCACGAUCACUCCCUAGCCUCUCCUGGAGGAUCUUCUGAGCUUUUGUAG